CUGAUACGCAAUAUCAAAAUUUUAUUAAUAAAACCGUACGUCACUGAAAUCGAUGGUAUCACCCACUUACGUAAUAGCAGAUCGCUAUAUUAUUAACCGGUCAGUUUAUCGUGUGAGGAAACAGUAAAUAUCCCUUGCGCAACGGCACAAGUGCAGUGUUUGGCAGUGUUGCUGUGGUCGGGAGGUCCGACAUGGCCGUGGCUACCAUCCUCGCCCUCCGGAGAGGCCUCACCAUCACAGGUGUGAGAGGUUUGUGGACUUCUAGGAUCAAUUCAACUGAGCAGAAGGAUCAGAGUGCUGGGGCAGAAACUAGGAGAACUGAGGAGACAAAGCAGGAGUCCGAGGAGGAGUAUGAGGGGAAAAUUAAAAAACAGAUACUGGCGGCUGCAAUGCCGUUUGUUAAGGAGCAUGGCUGGAGUCAGGAUGCCAUAAGUGCAGGUGCUGAAUCAAUUGGAUAUCCUGGUGUUAUCCAUGGACUGUUCCCCAGAGGAGGUGCUGAGCUGGUUCUCCACUUCUACGCGAAUUGUAAUGCAGAAUUGAAUGAGAUUAUGAAGUCAGAGGCAUUGGCAACUGAGGGAGAGCCUUCACAGCCCACGAAACUCCCAGAGGAGUUCGUGAAGAAGGCGCUAGAGAGGAGAUUGAGGAUGCUGGUUCCCUACAAGUCUACUUGGCCCCAGGCCAUCGGGCUUCUCGCUCUCCCACCGAAUGUUCCACCGGCGCUGGCUAAUUUACUCACUCUUGUUGAUGAUAUUUGUUAUUACGCUGGAGAUAGAUCAGUUGAUUUCCAUUGGUAUACAAGACGAGUUGCUGUUGCUGGAAUAUAUAAAACCAGUGAAUUAUACAUGUUGCAAGACAAAAGUGAGGAUCACACACAAACAUGGGAAUUUUUAGGGAGAAGAAUUGAAGACGCAGUGCAGUUGAACAGAGUUCUCUGUGUAGAUCUGCCACCGCCUGAUCAGGCCCUGAAUAAAGCCACAGAGGCAGCCACAGCUGCUUUCGCAACAGCACGAAAUAUACUCGGGAUGAAUUGGAAUAGGUGAAAAUAUACCAAAUGCAUCGCAGUAUUUACAUAACUAUGUAGUUAUUUAUAAUUAAAAAUGAGGAUAGUAAAAAAUUCAAGUUGUCAAUUUCUUUCUUGGAAAAUAAACAAUAUUUUCAAUUAAA